GCACACUCACUCGUCCACCACAAUGUCCACCGCCGCCAUGACCGCCGCGCCUCUGACGGUGCCGCACCUGCAGCCGCUGUCGCCCGUGACGAUGACGCCCACGCGCUCGUCCAAGGCCUCGGAGCCGCUGGCGCUCCUCGCCAAGAUCGACCGCGUCGAGAUCAACCACACCACGGAGCGCGACGGCGUCGUGUACUACGUGCUGGACGUGUUCCUCGAGCACUCCACGUCGCGCAUCCCGACGCGCAAGACGACGCAGGCCUCCUCCGCCAGCGGCCGGCCCGACUACACGCUCCAGAAGCGCUUCAACGACUUCGCCGACCUGCGCCACCAGGUGUGGAGCUACGCGCAGCGCAAGCACGAGGAAGGCUGCACGUGCAAGUACUGCGACGCCUUCAUGAGCUACAUCGUGCACUCGAUGUCGCAGCCGCGCUUGCUCGUCAAGAUCGCCACGGGCGUGGACGCGCGCAAGAAGCUGAUGGCGACGUUCUGCAACGAGUUCGUCGG